GGAAUGAGACUGUGUUUUUAAUAAACCCUGAAGCUGAGAGAAGUAAGGUAGUUAACCCCCACUAGAUGCAUGAAAUUUUUACUGAAUCUUUCACUCGAUUAGUUUUAGAGAUCAAGAUCACCGGUUCUUCGGCCGGCGGAUUUCGAUUCGGUUUCGAUGGUUAAGCUGAAGGAGCUUCGUCCGCGUCAACCGGAUUCCGAUGAAAAUCAGGAAGCUACGGAACCCGGUGCCUGUGCGGAAUGCACCAGUCUCUGCCAUUUGCUUCACUGGGACAAGACUGAUUUGUACCCCAGUGUGCUAAGGUUCUUCAAGAUCAUGCUUGGGGAAGAUUGGAACAAAGUAAUGAUAUUACCUCCCAUAGUUACUGCAACUGUGACAGGGUUGGUAGGUAAAGAAACCGAGCUGGAGGAUACACAUGGAGUGAGAUCCACUGUCACAUUGUCAUCUUCUAGUCGCGGUCUCGCUUUCCAGAGGGGUUGGGAAUCUUUUGUUUCAGAGCAUAACAUAAGCGUUAGAGACUUUUUGGUGUUUAAUUACAUUAAGGGGUCACACUUCGUUGUUCAUAUUUUUGGUGGAAGCGGCCGUGAAAAGCUUUCAUUUAAAACCAAUCCUUUCAGCAAAAAUGUAGCUGCCCUGCCAAAAUCAUGUGAAACCAACAAUAUGAAUGCAACAAAGAGAUUCCAUAUGAGCUCCCCAAUGGCUUCUGGAUCAAAAUUCCAACCUUCACUCAUAAAUAAAGACCUGGGUUCUGAAGGGGUCAAUACUGCAUAUAACUACCAACCGUCAGCCACAAGAAGAACUCAAGAUUCAAGAGAUGCCAACGUGAAGCCUUCCAACCAACCAUCAGGAGAUGCCAACAUGAAGCCUUCUAACCAACCAUCGACCUCCUAUAGAACACGAAAUUCCGUAGCCACCAAUGUAAAGCUAUCAUGCUCAAGGAAGUUUCAUAACUUCAAUCGUAUUGAAGUCCAUGAAAGGAAUGAUCAGAAUGCUCCACAGGCUAAUGAAGGCACUUCGCAGGAAUUUACUGAUAACAAUAAGAAAAAGGUGAAAACAGAGCCAGAAGAGUUGAGUGACCAAGUAGAUGGUCAUGUAAGGAGAAAAAGAGGCUCUUACCCAUCGCAAGAUAGGGUGAGUAAUCAGAAGAAAGUGAAGGUCAUUGGUGAGCCCUCAUCUUGUACUCUUGCUUGUUUGGCUGUGACAGAUUGUGGACAUUACCUGGAGCUGCCGGAAAAACUACCUGAUGUUCUAUUCAGGAAGUCAGAAUCAAGCAAGCCUGUUGUGCUUAAAGAUCGGGUGGGAAAGUUAUGGCCAGCCUUAUAUCAUGAAGCAUCAGACGUGAAUGUUUUGGUAUCUCACUGGAAAAAGCUCAAUCAAGAGAUUGGUAUUCAAGCAGGAGAGAGCUAUCUUUUUAAAGCUGAAGAUCCAUCCAGGUCUUUGUAUACCAUUGAUGUCCUUCGCUCUUCCUAGGUGAUUUUCUUUAUGUUAUUUGGUAAAAACAAAAACAUUUAGGCACUAAGCAUUUAGUCUCAUCAACCGAAGGUCAAAUUGCUCCUCCGAACUUUUGCGUGUUGUUAAUAUGAAACUGUUAACGGAACUUCUGGAAGAGGAUGUGUUGUAGUGAUCCUUCAUGAUUGCAUUAGUCUAUUGAAC